CAUGCCAAUGGUUUCUAUGGCAACCACAGAAGCAGAUGCAGGAGUGACUUCAACCAGGAGUAUCGUAAAGCAGCCCGUCCACAACCUCCUGAUAUUUUUUUGAAGAGGAUGAAGGAAACCCCUUCAAAGCACAUAUUCUCCAAGCAUGAUAACAGGCAUGCCUUCCCAGGAUCGGCUACAUAUUUUGAGCAUGGCUUAGGGAGAAGGAGAAUAGAUGGGAGCCUUCCCAAUACCCAGACCUUGAUUGACUGGAUCCCCUUGAAGGAGGAAUUAGAACGCGAGAGGCCCCUUCUCUCAAGUUAUCAGUUUGACUUCCACUCCAAAGGGAAGGUUCCCCAGGUCUUAAUCCAUCAUCGUCAAUCGCAAGAGCAACUCCUCCAACGCAUACCCAGCACCACCUAUCAGCAUACCUACCGAAGCUACUGUCUGUAUGAACCUAACCUGAGGAUAUUCAAAGAGCAGCAGGUGGCUGAACUGAAAGAGCCCGAGACUACUGUUCCUACUGUUCCUGCUUCCAGUGAGCCCAGCACUCUGGUCUCCAGUGACCCUCCAGCCCCAGCACCUGCCUCCAGCGAGGCCACUGCAACAGAGACCAGAACAGCUGCAGAGGCUGUUGCUCCAGCACCUGUUUCUGGACGUUCUGUGUUUCAUCUGCCACCCCGACUGACAGUUUCUGACUGUUUGCACUGGCAUAAUUGUUGA